UGCAACAUAACAUCCCCAGAGAAGACAGAGCAAGAGGAAGAAGAGGAAAUGGCAGCUUCUCAGAGACUGCUGACAUUCCGGGAUGUGACCAUAGAUUUCACUCUAGAAGAGUGGGGAUGUCUGGACCUCAGUCAGCAAGAAUUGUACAGGGACGUGAUGUUAGAGAACUACGGGAACCUGGCCUCCUUGGGUCUUGUGGUCUUUAAGCCAGAUCUGGUCACCUUUAUGGAGCAAAGGAAGCAUCUCUGGGAUGUAAGGAGAAUGGAGACAACAGCCACAUACCCAGUUGUGUCAUCUCACAACAUGCAAGAUUUGAUGCCAAAAAAUCCAGGGUUAGAAGAUUUAAUCUCCAAAGCAAAGCUAGAAAUAUAUGAAUGAGUUCACCUUGGCAACUUACAUUUAAUGAAAGACUGCGAAUAUACAAUGGCAUGUGAAGGACAGAGAGGAUGUUUACCUGGACAUAAACAAAUUGAGACAGUUUCCCAUAAUGCAAACAUUAUUGCCAACAGAUAUCAAGGAUAUGAACCAAAUUGGGAAAAACACCAGUUUGAAAGAUCAACAUCUGCAGAGAAGUGUGUGUUGGUAAGGAAAAAUCCACAUUAUUUUUUGAAACAUACAUGUUCUCUUCAGAAAAAUGUGGAAAAUCCGGAAAGUCAUCCAGUCUCUACUGCAAAUAAUCAUUCACACCUUUCUGAACAUAGGCUUCGAUUAAACAUACAUUCAAAAAUGCCUGAAAACCAGAAAUUUAAAAAUGAGGGGGAAAAUUCCCAGUAUAAUCAAUUUAAUGAGUCCUUUAGUAAGGGUUUAUUAUUCCUCAACCAACAUAUAUUUUCUGCCAAUUCCGAGAUCUGUAAUAUUGAUAUUAAUGGGAGAGACCUUACUGAACCAUCACUGUCCAAUACAUAUGGAGGUAUAAUUAAUGUGGAACAACUUUACAAGUGCAGUAAAAUGAGUAAUGCCUUACACAAGAGCUCUACUCCCAAUAAUUACAAGAGUAUGUAUGAUGGAGUGAGAAGCUAUUCAUGCAAUGAAACUGGUUAUAACCUUGACCAAGACCCAAAUGUUAUGAAAUAUCAGGGACUUCAAUUAUCAGACAAUGAUUCUAAAAGUAAUCAAUAUAGAAAUGUCUUUUAUCAAAGUUCAAAUCUUACUAGUUAUAAGAGCAUUCAUAUUGGAGAGAAAAAUCAUAAUUGUUGUGAAUAUGGUAAAGGUUGUAAUCAGUCUUCAAAACUUAUUCAGACUAAGCAGAAGUGCUGCAAAUGUAAUAUAUGUAGAAAAGUUCUUAGUAAAUCAUCAAGUCUAAACAGACAUAGACUAAUUCAUAUAGGAAGGAAGCCUUUCAAAUGUACAGAGUGUGGCAAAGCCUUUGACUGGCAAUCAAACCUUACUCAACACCAGCAAAUUCAUAGUGGGGAGAAACCAUACAAAUGUAAAGAGUGUGGCAAAACCUUUAGCUGUUGUUCAAAUUUUACUCAACAUCAAAGAAUUCAUACUGGGGAGAAACCUUUUAAAUGUAAGGAGUGUGACAAAGCCUUUAAGUGGCAUGCAAGCCUUACUCAACAUCAGCGAAUUCAUACUAGGGAGAAACCAUACACAUGUAAAGAAUGUGGCAAAACCUUUAUCCCUUGUUCAAAUCUUAUUCAACAUCAGGUAAUUCAUACUGGGGAGAAGCCUUAUAAAUGUAAGGAUUGUGGCAAAGCCUUUGCCUGCUGCUCAGCUCUUACUAGACACCAGCGAAUCCAUACUGGAGAGAAACCUUAGAAAUGUAAAGAAGGCGGCAGAGCCUUUAAUCAGAGCUCAAGUCUUACUAUACAUCUGCGGAUUCAUACUGGAGAGGAACUUUGUACAAGCACAUGUCGCAGCUCGCGGCCACGGAGGGCCGCCCCCCGGAGGAGCCCCUCCCGGGCGUCAGGCGGACGGAGCCGGCGUUCUCAGAGGUUCCAGCCCCGCGCCCUCACCGGCUCAGGGCUCCCAGGGGUGCCGUGUGCGAUGGCUCCGGCUCAGAGCCACGGAAGACAGGUGUUACAGGAGCCGCGUCAGCGCCCACAGGGGCUUGUUCAGCGUGCCGGCUCACGGCUUCCCCUCAAACCGGCCAACUCACAACUUAGACUGGGGAGGCGUUGUAUCCACUUUAAGGCUGCAGAGAACAUCUUCAGGGAGGCGGUUCUCAUCUGGGGGCCCAGGAGGCCCCUCCUCGCAAACUCCGGCCCCUGGUCCCGGGGGCGCAGCCGCGCUGCUGUCUUCCGGCUCCCGGCGAGGCCCGGGCUGAACGCGGGGCUUCGGCGCGUCUGCGAGGGCUCCGCGCCAGCUCCAGGCCCGGAGGGGCGGCGGGGUCUGCUGGGCCGGGGUCGGGAGGCGGACGCCGGUGCCGCUCACCGGUCCCGCGCGGGCGGAAUCCGGGGAGCGAACCCGUGUGGACGCAAAGGAGGGCUUGACGGGGCGUCUCCGGGAGGAGCUGAUCGUCCCGAGUCCCUCCUGAGACGAGGACAGGAGAGGUGGGCCUUCUCGGCUUUUCAAGCGCCUUCUGCCUGCGGGCGUGUGGGGAGCAGGCGAAGGCGCCCUGCUGACGCCUUGGAAGGUGUAUCUCAGCACGCUGAGUGA